ACAGUCUCACGGAACAACUCAAACUCCUUGCCAUUGCCAUUGUCCUGCACGAGGGCGGGAAGUAAUCGGAAAUAAGUGUCGAGCAGGCGAACGUGGCAGAAACCCCGACCACACCCUGUGUAUCGCAAUAGCACAUCGCACUAUAAAAGGUCUACGAUCAGGUAAGGUAAGGAUAUAAAGGUAGGACGGGAUACAAGGUAAACUACAGCACUACUCUGUGCCUGUAUCGAACUCGGUGAAGUCGAUAUACUCUCGCCGCUCGUCAACGUCAAGAUGGACACGCGUAUCAAGAUCUCAUCUCUUUCCCUGCGCGAAGCUGUCGCCGAUGCACUGUAUCGUUGCGUUUUAGGGCUCGAUCUCAACGACUGGGAGAUGUUCCGAUCGUCGCUUACCGAAGGCGAAGACAUCUCCAUGGAAUUGAAAGGGUCGAUAGGCACGAAAGGGCGGGACCAGAUCAAGCAAUACAUAUUCGACUUCAUCGGACCCCUGGAUACGACACACCACAUCAGCAACGUCCGCGUGGAUGUCAAGGAUGGAGAAGACACUGCCACACUGUCGGCGUAUGCUGUCGCCCAGCACUACAGAGGAGGAGAGGGUCCAGAUCCAGCAACGGCACACUUUAUGACGGGAUCGAUAUAUGUCCUCGAUCUGGUUAAGGACAGCAAGGAUGACUUGUGGAAGAUUAAGAAGUGGUCGGCCAACAUGGUCUGGCGGGAUGGAGACGGGUCAAUCGUUGCGAGAGGGUUAUCGGCUGCGAACCACUGAGGAGGCAUGUAACAUUUCAUAUACACAGCGCAAAGCAGGCUGAACACUACGAUCUCAUGUCCUGUCAUGGAAGGUCUCUUUGUUCCCCAGAACCCACUGUUGUUCCACCAUCCCAAGAUUGUUGGAGGCCAUUGCGUCUGCCUCCAUCAUAUACUGCGCGUGGUCAAGCAGUAUCGCAAUUCGCUCAGAGAGACUGGACUGCUGGACUUAUCGAGGACGUCUCUGUCCAUUUUCGACCAUGCAAUACCCCAGCAAGUGUUGCAACGUAUUGACCCUCCACACUGUAAAGGAUGCUGGACAACUUCUCAUUUCCCAGAUCAUGGUUGGAUUACUUGAUCGGCAGCGUCUGCA